AUGGCCUCCAAAGACGCCAAGGUCGGCGAUAAGAGAAAGUCCUCGUCCGGGACCAAGGCCAAGGCGGACGGCAAGGCCAAGAAGCCCCGGAUGGACGACUCCAAGCCGUCCAAGCGACCGGCCAAGGAGGAGUCGGACGACUUUGAGAGCUUCUCCGACGAGGACGAGGAUGGCGGCGUCAAGCUCGACGGCAAGUCGGGUAAUGCGCCCAAGGCCGGCGGCGACAAGGCCAAUGCCUUUGACCGAUCCGGCAUGACGUCUCGCGAAUCGCACGCAAAGCAGAAGCAGCUGGCCCAGGAGCGCAAGGCCGCCAAGCCCCUCGCCGACGAAGUCCACCGCACCAAGAAGAUCUGGGAGCGCCUGAGGAGAAAGUCGCACGUGCCCAAGGACGAGCGCCAGAAGCUCGUCGAGGAGCUCUUCACCAUCAUCACCGGCCGCUGCAAGGACUUUGUGCUCAAGCACGACGCCGUCCGGGCGGUCCAGACGGCCAUCAAGUACUCGACCCCCGAGCAGCGCAAGCAAAUCGCCCACGAGCUCGAGGGCAGCUACGCCCAGCUCGCCGAGAGCCGCUACGCCAAGUUCCUCAUCGGCAAGCUCCUGGUGCAAAACGACGACGAGAUCCGCGACCUGGUCAUUCCCAACUUCUACGGCAAGGUUCGCAAGCUCAUCAACCACGCUGAGGCGUCCUGGAUCCUCGACGACAUCUACCGGACGGUGGCCACCAAGGAGCAAAAGGCGAGCCUGCUGCGCGAGUGGUACGGCCCGGAGUUUUCUCUGCGCGAGUUGACCAAGGACACGACGCCCACGGCCGACCUCAAGGAGAUUCUCACCAAGGAGCCCAGCAAGCGCGGACCCAUCAUGAAGAGCUUGGUGGACAUGAUCAACACCCUGAUCCAGAAGAAGAUGACGGGCUUCACCAUGCUGCACGACGCCAUGUUCCAAUACUACUCCAAUACUACGCCCGGGACCGAGGAGUUUACCGAGUUCAUUGAGCUCAUCAAGGGCGACGAGGGCGGCGACCUGUUGAAGAACAUGGCGUUCACCAAGUCUGGAGCGCGCCUGUCGUGCCUGCUGCUCGCGCACGGAACGUCCAAGGACCGAAAACAGCUGCUCAAGACGUACAAGGACACGCUUGUUCUCAUGGCCGGCGACAGCUACGCUCAUCUUGUCAUCCUGACUGCCUUCGACGUCAUCGACGACACCAAACUCGUUGCCAAGUCGGUAUUCCCCGAGCUGCUCGGCGACAAGGAAGACGAGGUUGUGCAAAAUGUCGUCGGUGCGGUCAACAACCCCAACGCGAGGUUGACGCUGCUCUACCUGUUUGAGGGACUCUCCAAGUCUCUAUUUCCUGCCAGCCACUCCUUUGACUGGGAGAUUCUGCAGGAGGUACACGAGAUCCGAAAGACGACGAGUAAGAAGGAUGAUGAUGUGCGCCGCAAGGAGCUCAUCACCGCCUUUGCUCCUCAGCUGCUGUCGGUGAUCGCCGCCGGAUCAUCAGAGCUGACGUCGACGGCUUUCGGUUGCCAGUUCGUCGCCGACGUUCUCCUCUCUGAGGUGGAGGGCAAGGAGGCGGCGCUCGAAGCCAUCGCGCAAUCUGCCAAGGGCGACCCCAAGGAGGAGCCGGCGGAGGACGAGUUGGCUGCGCCCCCGCACAUCUCGCGGACGCCGUUCGGCGGGCGCAUGCUCAAGUCCCUGAUCCAGGGAGGUCGGUUCGACAAGGCGGCCGGCAAGGUCGUGCAGGUCGAGCCGCCGCUGGAGUUUGCCAACUACCUGUACCCUGUCAUCAAGGACUACGUGGUGGACUGGGCCACGGGCCCGAGCUCGUUCGUCGUCGUCGCCAUGGUGGAGGCGGCCGACUUUGGCGAGUCGGGCGAGCUGAAGAAGACGCUCAAGAAGAACAAGAAGGCCCUGGAGAAGGCGGCCACGGAGAUGACGCCGGAGCAGGCCGCGGCCAAGGAGGCCAAGGCGGAGAAGACGGACAAGGCGGACAAGGGCGGCAAGAAGGGCAACAAGAAGAAGACGGAGGCGCCGGUAGGCAACGCGGGCAGCAAGAUUCUGCUCGAGAAGCUCUAG